UGGGGGACUUGCCAAGCUCAAACGCAACGACGAUGACUCCCCCGAGUCAAGAUUACUGUCCAAAUUCCACAAGCUAAGAAUUAGCCCAGACGACCAUCGAUACUUCGGAAGGAGUUCCUCUGUCAUGUUUGUCAGUAGUAGUCGCUCUUACCAGCAAGCUAACUGCCUCGCAGGCUCGUUAAGACUAUGCUUGACGUCAAAAGCAAGCUUAAUUUUCCCCCACGCAACCCCGACUUCAAGCGUCCGGAAUUUUGGACCACACGAACGUGGCAAGUUCGUCCACCGGAACCACCUGCCUCGCCUUUUGAGUUUCCAGAGGACGAUUUGAUCGCGAAGCUAGUCCACCUGUACUUCGAGAAGAUCAAUCUCUUCAUCCCGCUGCUGCAUAGGCCAACACUUCAACGCUACAUCGAUCAGAAGAAACAUCAUACUGACCGUUAUUUCGCGCACGUCCUUCUGCUGUUAUGUGCCUGCGCGGCUCGCUAUACUGAUGACCCUCGAGUGUUCAUCGAAGAGUCCAAUGACGUGCAUUCGGCCGGGUGGCAAUGGGCUCGCCAGGUUAAGGUCAUCCGCCCCAACAUGGUCGAGAAGCCGACACUUUUUGAGAUACAGUCCUUUUGCUUGUCUGUCCUCUACAAUCAAUCCAGCUCCGCACCGCAGGGCGUAUGGAUAGAAGUCGGGUUGGCCCUUCGCAUGUGCAUGGAAGUCGGAGCUCAUCGACGCCGACACGAUGUGCCGACUGUGCAGUCUGAAUUGUGGAAGCGCGCCUUUUGGGUUCUCGUGUGCUUGGAGACCAUCCUGAGCGCAUUUCUUGGUUUCCCAGGGUCUCUGCAGCACGAGAACUUCGAUCUCGAUCUUCCCAUAGCAUGCGACGACGAGUACUGGGAAACGGGCGACCCUGCGACCGCUUUCAAGCAGCCGCCUGGCCAUCCAUCGAAGAUCGAGUUCUUCAAUCACUACCUCAAACUGAUGGAGAUCUACACCGCUACCUUCUCCGCCGUGUAUUAUACUCGGAAGGCGAGACUGGUUUGCGUACGCCCUACGGAUGCACAGAUCAUGGCGAUGCUCGACUCCGCGCUCAACUCCUGGAUGAGUAACGUGCCAGAGUACCUGCGAUGGGAUUCCCAACGGGCGGAUCCAAUAUUCUUCGACCAAUCCGCCCUCCUCAUGGUGACCUACCACCAUCUACAAAUCUUCGUACACAAGCCCUUUAUUACGCCUCUAGAGUCUAUGGUCACCUCCCUCACAUUCCCAUCGUUGGCAAUCUGCACUUUCGCCGCGCGCUCAUGUGCCAGGAUAGUCGAGGUCCAGAGCAAACGCAGCCUCAUACCACUCGCUCCCAUGCAAACGGCCGUCUUCAAUGCCGCGCUUGUCUUGCUGCUGAACAUAUGGACGGGUCGGCAGGCCGGGUUAGAACCCAAUCCGAAAGAUAUGGAGGACAUACGAAUAUGCAUGGGCAUAUUGAAGAGUAUCGAAGCGCGCUGGCACGGCGCAGGCAGGAAAUGGGAUAUCCUGAACGGCCUCACCUUUGCUGCGGACGUUGGUAUGAGCCCGAGGCCAACCCAAAGAGAUGCAGCACGCAAGCGGCGAAGAGACGAGAGCGACGCGAGUUCGGUCGCGCCGCAAAGCUCCCCGGUGUAUGGCACAUCCGAGUUUUCACCACCGUUGACACACGCCCCUUCCACCGACAGCUCACCUUACGCCGAUACGCCAGCGAGCUUGCUCGACUCCGCAAGGACUGCUGGACCGUCGACGGAGGGCCCUCGGAAUCCACUCGUCGAUGACUUCGUCAGCGGAUAUAUGAAUAGUCAGAAUUUCCCUGGGCCCUCAUCGAACGGCACAUAUCACUUCUCGCCCUUUGAUAGUGGGCAGCCCUCAGGGAGCGAGUCCAGCCCUCCGUCCACCGAACAGUCGACCUACGACAUGGUCAAGACACUACUCAACUCGCAAGAGCAGGCGGGAGGCGGCCCCUUGACCGUCAACGACGAGCUGGCCAUGCUAUUGGGCGACGCGGUACCCCCAACUGCCGAGGCUCACCUCUCCGACCAGUCGAGUCCUUACAACGACUUCGACGGUUUCGCUGCAGAUCCUGCGUUGCUCGGUCUUGCGGGAACCGAUGGUAUGGGAUUCGACGCCAAUGGCAUGACACAAACGCGGCAGCCGUUAGGAGCGUCAUCAGGGCCGGACAGUGGACAUGAUCUCGACUUCAAUAGCAUGGCGUCCAGUGGAAUGUCGAUGUGGAAUGCUGCGCCAAUGGGAAUGGAGUAAGUUCUACGUCUACGAUGCUCCGAAAGGUUGCUCACCCAAUCC